AUGAAGCUCUCGUCCUCUUGGGCAAUUGCCUAUCUGGCAGCCCAGGCCGCUGGUGCUGCCAUUAGCCAUUCAUUGAAUGGCUUUACGAUCACCGAGCAUCCUGAUCCAGUUAAGCGGGAUUUGCUCCAAAAACAUGUCACUUGGGAUGACAAGUCCCUUUUUGUCAAUGGCGAGAGAAUCAUGCUCUUCAGUGGUGAAAUUCACCCAUUCCGUCUGCCCGUUCCCUCUUUAUGGAUCGAUGUGCUCCAAAAAGUCAAGGCUCUGGGAUUCAACUGUGUAUCUUUCUAUGUCGAUUGGGCUCUGCUGGAAGGUAACCCAGGUCACUAUACUGCCGAGGGAGCGUUUGCUCUAGAGCCAUUUUUCGACGCUGCCAAAGAGGCUGGCAUCUAUCUUCUGGCCCGUCCUGGUCCCUAUAUUAAUGCUGAAGUAUCGGGUGGUGGUUUUCCGGGAUGGCUUCAGCGCGUGAAUGGAACUCUGCGAAGUGGUGACGAGGCUUACCUGAAGGCAACGGAAAACUACAUGUCUCAUGUCUCCGCAACGAUAGCCAAGGGUCAAAUCACCAACGGAGGACCUAUCAUUCUUGUCCAGACCGAGAACGAGUACAGUGGCGCGUGCUGUGGAUACGAAGACAAAUUCCCAGACGGGGCUUAUAUGAAAUAUGUGCAAGACCAGGCUCGCGAUGCUGGAGUUGUUGUGCCUAUCAUUAACAACGAUGCCUGGAACGGCGGCCAUAAUGCCCCUGGAACUGGCGAGGGAGCAGCGGAUAUCUACGGUCAUGACAACUACCCUCUCGGCUUUGACUGUACAAAUCCAUCGAUUUGGCCAGCGGAUCUGUCCACUGAUUUCUAUAAGAUACACAUGGAACAGAGUCCUUCCACUCCAUACGCUCUAGUUGAGUUCCAAAGCGGUGCUUUUGAUCCCUGGGGAGGUGCUGGAUUCGCCAAGUGUGCUGCCCUCUUAAACCAUGAGUUUGAGAGAGUGAUAUAUAAGAACAAUCUCAGCUUCAAAGUUUCAAUCCUCAACCUGUACAUGAUCUUCGGUGGUACCAAUUGGGGUAACAUAGGCCACCCCGGUGGCUACUCAUCCUAUGAUUAUGGUUCCCCGAUUACUGAAUCCCGCAACAUCACCCGCGAGAAGUAUAGCGAGCUGAAGCUGAUUGGCAACUUUGCCAAAGUGUCACCGGACUACCUUCUAUUAACACCGGGAGAGUUAACUACUACCAACUGGGCGUCCGUCGACUAUAAGCUCAAGGUUCCUACUAGCGCGGGUCAAGUGACUAUCCCCCAGCUUGGUGGAAGCCUUACUCUCAGCGGUCGUGACUCCAAGGUUCAUGUUGUCGACUAUGAUGUGGCGGGCACCAACAUUCUCUACUCCUCUGCUGAGGUAUUUACCUGGACGACGUCUGGUAAAUCCAAGAUCCUUGUACUAUAUGGCGGCCCUGGCGAGCACCACGAGUUGGCUGUCUCUUCCAAGUCAAAGGCCGAGGUUGUUGAAGGGUCAUCGUCGAGCAUUACCAGUAAGCAGGUGGGCAAGGCUGUUGUUAUCGGCUGGGAUGUCUCCAGCACUCGCCGUAUCGUGCAAGUGGGUGAUUUGAAGAUUGUUCUUCUGGAUCGGAACUCUGCCUAUAGCUACUGGGUCCCUCAGCUCCCAACCAAGGGCGAGAGCCCUGGCUAUAGCACCCAAAAGGCAGCCGCCUCAUCUCUCAUCGUGAAGGCCGGUUACCUCGUGCGAACUGCUUAUGUGAAGGGCAGCGAUCUACAUAUCACUGCGGAUUUCAACGCUACCACCCCGAUUGAGGUGAUUGGCGCCCCGCCCAAGGCUAAGAACCUGAUCAUCAACGGCAAGAAGACACAUGUCAAGGUCGACAAGAACGGAAUCUGGUCCAGCAACGUCGCCUACACAGCACCGAAGAUCAAGCUCCCGAAUCUGAAGAGUCUGAAGUGGAAGUCUAUUGACAGUCUCCCCGAGAUCCAAGCUUCAUACGAUGAUUCCAAAUGGGUUUCUGCAAAGCCCUCCACCAAAAACACUGUCCAUCCACUCAAUACCCCAACUUCGCUGUACGGCUCUGACUACGGCUUCAACGCCGGAACACUUCUCUUCCGGGGCCACUUUGUUGCAACCGGCAAGGAGAAAACUUUCUUCCUGCAAACCCAAGGUGGCAGCGCAUUCGGCAGCUCCGUAUGGCUGAACGAGGACCACAUAGGCUCAUGGAACGGAAUUGACGCUGACGGCAACCACAACGGAACUUACACGCUACCCACCCUGAAGAAGGAUAAGUCGUACGUGUUCACCGUAGUUGUGGACAACAUGGGUCUAGACGGAAACUGGGUCAUCGGCGAAGACACAUUGAAGGGCCCCCGCGGAAUUCUGAAUUACAAGCUGUCCGGUCGCUCCACAAGCGACAUUACCUGGAAGCUGACCGGCAAUCUGGGCGGCGAGGAUUAUCUGGACCAAGUACGCGGUCCCCUUAAUGAGGGCGGUCUCUACGCUGAGCGUCAGGGCUUCCACCAGCCCCAGCCGCCGACUCAGAACUGGAGAUCCGGCAGUCCCUUCGACGGUCUGUCGAAGCCUGGAAUCAAAUUCUACAGCACAAGCUUCGAUCUGGAUGUGGAGAAAGGAUGGGAUGUUCCGAUGUACUUCAGCUUCGGGAACUCCACCUCAUCCCCGGCUUACCGUGCCCAGUUCUAUGUGAACGGGUAUCAGUACGGCAAGUUCGUGAGUAACAUUGGUCCCCAGACGAGUUACCCUGUCCCUGAGGGUAUUCUUAACUACCGGGGUACCAACUACUUGGCGUUGAGCGUGUGGGCACUUGAGGAUGGUGUUAAAUUGGAGAGUUUCGACUUGAUUCACACUACUCCUGUGCUGACGGCGCUGGACGAGGUUAAGUCUGUGGGCCAGCCCAAGUAUAAAAAACGUAAGGGGGCUUACUAG